CUGGCUAUAUUUCAAUUAUGACUCAGUGACCUUUGAAGAUGUGACUGUGAACUUCACCUUGGAGGAGUGGGCCUUACUGGAUCCUUCACAGAAGAGACUCUACAGAGAUGUGAUGCUGGAAACGUUCAGGAACCUGGCAUCAGUAGGUAAAAAAUGGGAAGAUCAUGACAUUGAAGAUCAGUACAAAAACCAGGGGAGAAAACAAAGAACUCAUAUGGUAGAGAGACUUUCUGAAGGGGAAAAAGGUAGUGGAGAAAACUUCAACCUUAUUCCAAACCUGAAUCUGAAAAAGAAAACUCAUGGAGUAAAGCCAUGGGAAUACAGUGUGUGUGGAAAAGUCUUCAUUCAGCAGUCAUCUCAUAAUAGGCACAUCAGGUGUUACACUGGGCACAAGCCUUCUGAGUAUCAGAAAUAUGGAGAGAAGCCAUAUAAAUGUAAUGUAUGUGGGAGAACCUUCAGUUAUUUUCAGUGUUUUGAAAAACAUGAACAAAAUCACAAUGUUGGAAAACCCUAUAAAUGUGAGGAAUGUGGGAAAGCCUUCAUGUGGCUCAAAACCCUUCAAAGACACAUGAUCUCACAUACUGUAGAUGCUCCUUACAAAUGUAAGGUGUGUGGGAAAACCUUUACUUCUUCAACUCCACUUCAAAUAUGUGAAAGAACCCACACAGGAGAGAAGCCCUAUCAGUGUAAAAUCUGUGGAAAAGUCUUUAGGUGUUAUAAAAGUUCUCAAAGACAUGAAAGAAAUCACACUGAAGAGAAACCCUAUCAGUGUCAAAAAUGUAAUAAAGCAUUCAGGUAUCCCAGUUAUCUUCGACUACAUGAAAGAACUCACACUGAAGAGAAACCCUAUAAAUGUAAGGAAUGUGGCAAGGCCUUCAGAUCAUACAGUUCCUUACAACCACAUGAAAGGAUUCAUACAGGAGAGAAACCCUAUGAAUGUAAGGAAUGUGGAAAAGCAUUUAGUAAUAAUAGGUCCUUACAAAUACACGAAAGGUCUCACACUGGAGAGAAGCCUUAUGAAUGUAAACAUUGUGGAAAAGCCUUCAGUGCUCCCAAUUACCUUCGAAAACAUGAAAGAACUCAUAUUGCAGAAAAACCAUAUGAAUGUAAGGAAUGUGGAAAAGCCUUUAGAUUUUCCAAUUCCCUACAAACACAUGAAAGGACUCACACAGGAGAGAAACCCUAUGAAUGUAAGGAAUGUGGAAAAGCCUUUAGGUCUUCUGGUAACUUACAAACACAUGAAAGAAUUCACACAGGUGAGAAACCUUAUGGAUGUAAGGAAUGUGGAAAAUCCUACAGAUAUUCCAGUUCCUUACAAAUGCACGAAAGGAGUCACAAAGGAGAGGAACCCUAUGAAUGCAAAAAAUGUAGUAAAACAUUCAAGUAUCCCAGUAAUCUUCGAAUACAUGAAAGAACUCACAUUGCACAGAAACCCUACAAAUGUAAGGAAUGUGGAAAAGCCUUCAAAUCUUACCAUUCCUUACAAACACAUGAAAGGACUCACACAGGAGAGAAACCCUAUGAGUGCAAACGUUGUGAUAAAGCCUUCAUUUCUCGAAAAUCCCUUCAAAGACACAUGAAAAUGCAUACUGGAAACACACCUUUUCAUAAGGAAUAUGGGAAAGCAUUCAUUUGCCUUAAUUUGUAUCAAAGACAUGAAAGAACUCACACUGGAGUUACAAGGUAUGAUCAAAUAAUACGGUGAAUGUUUACAUUUUAAAAAUGUUAUUACAGUAAAAGACACAUU